AUGGCCGACAAAGACAUCGAAAUGACCGACACCAAGCCGCAGGUACCCGACAGCGUACGCUACCGCAAGCUGCUCUCGGUCCUCGACCGCUCGCUCUCCUCAGUGGUCGACACAUUCCGGCUUGAGGACCUGCAAGAAAUCUUCCCGCAGCUGGCCAAAGAAAUUCCAACCAAGCUCGCCGACAGCCACGAACAGAUCAGCUCGUACCUGCGCAACUCCGCCAAUGGGGACUUCCAGGCGAUUCUGAUGCAGUACGCGAUGGCGAGCAAGCUGGCAGACCUCGACAGCCUGGUCGCUGAUGCGGCGAAGCGGUGGGACGCGGGAGUGGAGCCUGUCGCGGACUUGUCGCCAGAGGCUGUCAACAGGUCGAGGGCAAAGGCGAUCAAGAAGCGGGAGCUGGAGCGUUUGAAGGCAAAGCUGGCAGGAAUGGAGACAGAGAACAGGGCAGCGAUUGAGCACUUGGAGCAGCAGCGCAGGGUGCUGGCGCAGGAGCAAAAGAAGCUGGAGGCGUCCAUGGAGCUGGCAGACAAGAUAUCCGCGUAG